AUGCUGCGCCCUCGUGUCUGCAGUGCAUAAUCUCUGCAGCUCUCCUGCUCCUGUCCCUAGGACCCGCAGUUCUCAGCCUGGAGUCGGGUGUCCCGGGUGGCUUAAGGACACCGGGUGCUUGGCAGAUGCCGAGCGGCGUCGCCUGCCCAUCCUGACUGGCAGAGCCUAGGCUGUCAGAGCGAGGGGCCCUCCCGAGGCUCCGUGCGGCUCCCUGCUCCUACGCCUUCUGCUCCGGCGGCUGAGCAGCGGAGCAGAAAGCUGUCUUGGCGUGCUUCGGGGCCCACACCCCUGCAGUACGGACGCCCUACUGAUGUCGCAGGGACACUGGGUUCCCUAGUUGCUGCCCCAGGUUUAAUGAUUGUCCAGAAGGCGGCUAUAAAGAGCCUGGUGGAGGAGAGAGAGCACAGAAAAACACAGCUCAGCAGAUCUGGGCAGUGAAGAGAGCUAGCAGCAAGGCAAGCGGGAGCAGUCAGGAGUCUGUGGUCAGAAGCACCGUGAGCAGGCCAGCAGGGCCAGCUUUUCCUACCAUGGCAGCCCAGGGCUACGGCUAUUACCGCACUGUCAUAUUUGCCGCCAUGUUUGGAGGCUACAGCCUGUACUACUUCAACCGCAAAACCUUCUCCUUUGUCAUGCCCUCCUUGGUGGAUGAGAUCGCUCUGGACAAGGACGAUUUGGGGCUCAUCACAAGCAGCCAGUCGGCGGCUUACGCCAUCAGCAAGUUUGUGAGCGGGGUGCUGUCAGAUCAGAUGAGCGCCCGCUGGCUCUUCUCCUCGGGGCUGCUUCUGGUUGGUCUGGUCAACGUAGUCUUCUCCUGGAGCUCCACAGUGUCAGCCUUUGCUGCUCUCUGGUUUCUUAAUGGUCUGGCACAGGGGCUAGGCUGGCCCCCCUGUGGGAAGAUCCUGAGGAAGUGGUUUGAGCCAUCCCAGUUUGGCACUUGGUGGGCUGUGUUGUCGACUAGCAUGAACCUGGCUGGAAGUUUGGGACCUAUCUUGGCAACGAUCCUUGCCCAGAGCUAUAGCUGGCGCAGCACCCUGGCCCUGUCUGGGGCACUGUGCGUGGUUGUCUCCUUCUUCUGUCUGCUGCUCAUCCACAAUGAACCUGCUGAUGUUGGACUCCGAAAUCUGGACCCUGCCCCCUCCAAGGGCAAAAAGGGCUCGUCAAAGGAGGAGAGCACCCUACAGGAUCUGCUGCUGUCCCCCUAUCUCUGGGUGCUGUCCACUGGCUACCUCGUGGUCUUUGGAGUAAAGACUUGCUGUACAGACUGGGGCCAGUUCUUCCUUAUCCAGGAGAGAGGGCAGUCCGCUCUUGUGGGUAGUUCCUACAUCAGUGCCCUAGAGGUUGGAGGCCUUGUAGGUAGCAUUGCAGCUGGCUACCUGUCAGACAGGGCCAUGGCAAAGGCAGGGCUGUCUGUGUAUGGGAACCCUCGCCAUGGCCUGUUGCUGCUCAUGAUGGCUGGCAUGGCAGCAUCCAUGUUCCUCUUCCGGGUCACAGUGACCAGUGACUCACCCAAGAUCUGGAUCCUGGUGUUGGGAGCCGUGUUUGGUUUCUCUUCUUAUGGUCCCAUUGCCUUGUUUGGAGUCAUAGCCAAUGAGAGUGCACCUCCCAACUUGUGUGGUACCUCUCACGCCAUUGUGGGACUCAUGGCCAAUGUGGGUGGAUUUCUCGCGGGGUUACCCUUCAGCACCAUCGCCAAGUACUACAGCUGGAGCACGGCCUUCUGGGUGGCAGAAGUGAUUUGCAUAGCCAGCACAGUUGUCUUCUUCUUGCUUCGAAAUAUCCGCACCAAGAUGGGCCGAGUAUCCAAGAAGGCGGAGUGAAUGGGGCACUCACUAUGGAGCGUCCCUGACUGCAGUCUCACUGGCGGGACACAGAAGGGAGGGGGGCUGCUCUGGCUAGCACAGAACCUUUACGUUCCGGUGUCUCCACUGUCUCUCUGGACCUCCAUGGUGCUGCAAGUUACCAGUGGCUAAUGAAGCCCCAACUCCCCAUCCUAUGCUCUAUUUAAAUGAUGACGUUUGGUUUUAGACUCCAUCAGCUUCUGUUUCUACCUUCUAGCAGACAGACAACUCCUGAAUUCAGGGCGUCUCCUAUACCCUUCUUCCUCUCCUAGGCCCUGAUCUUCUAGCGAGGUGAACCUGUCUCUGCAGCUGCAGAAUAUUAAUGACCCGUGGUUUCUGCUGUACCCCAAGGCUUCUUGUCAGGGGGCAAAAUUGUUGCCAAUACCUCAGUCCCUAAGGGAGGAGAGGUCACCGCUCUCAUCAAUACCCUGGGACAAAAGGAGGAACGUAGAGGGCAAACCGACUUGUAUAGAUUAAUAAACUAGAUUUGAUACUAAA